GCGAGAGCUAUCAGGAGCUGAUACGAGAACAAAACAUACUAGUCAACUUUAAAGCCAUGGUUCUUCAACAGUGUCUUGCUUGUAAUUUAUUGAUAACUGGAAUAUCAAAAUCAUGUGUGUGUGGUCACGUCUUUGAGGAUACCACUCUUCACAUUGGAGGAAAACGAUAUUCAGAAUACCGCGCCAUGUUGUAUUCUCGCUUGGAAUUUAAGAGAAAGAAAAGGGAAGCCAGGGAAAAUAAAAAGCCAAAGACACAUCAGCAAGGACCAUCAAUGAAACACAAGGAACAAAUGGCUGUGACGACGAAAAAAUCCCACUUUAAACCUGCAAGGCGACGAACAGUGGGAAAAAGAACUCCAGCGAAAGGGAAAAUUGGGAGGACAUCAUCAACUAUAGUGAAACAACAUCCGGCCCAUAGCGCGGAAGUUCCAAAAGAACUCCUGUCAAGAUUUCCUAGUGCUCUCAAAGAAAUAAACCGACGACUUUUGGGACAAAAUAUGGUGUGGAUAACAUUGUGUAGUUGAAGAGUCUAAACUGUUUAGGGGAACUGGCACGGAAGCGACUCAUAGUUCACGUGAAGGAAAACAGUCGUGGCAGUUGAUGUACGACUGAAGACCUUCUCGAAACCUGCUUUGGAACGCGUGGAGGGGAUGUGAAAGCAAUAGCGCCUUGAACACAGGAAGUCUAAAACUGUAUAACACAGCAGCAGGAAAGGUAACAGUACUAACAGGAAAGGGAACAUCAGAAAUUCCUCAGUAAACUGUAAACACCAUUUCUACCACAAAAAAUGAAGCUAUUUUGGUCAAAAAGUCUUUCAUCUUUUCACGGCCAUUUUAGUAGUUUUACAUUUCUAUUUUCAUAAAAUUUUAUUUCAUCUAAAAAUGGCUCCAUAUAGCGGUAAAUACCUAGAAACAAUAUGUGCCCUUCAACUUGAGGGUUUUUUUUUCAAAGGUAUAUCACCUUCAGAAAAAUUGUGAUGAAUUAAUCAAAUCGGAUUUUAAAGUGCUUCAUCAGUGAAAUAACAUCGAACAGAGGCCCCAUAUCAGUACCUUGUCACACAGAAAGGUGAUGACGAGAAAGCGAAAUAUCAACUGGGGAAUAUCGUGUGAUUCACCGCUCAUGGUGUUUUCUCUAAGGUAAAAUUAUCAGAACUGUAUUACAGAAAAUAAGUAGAAUUGAUCUAUAGAUUUGGGGAGUGAAAGAGGCACCUUAUUUUUAUGUACACUCUCUUAUAUCCUAUUUUGAAAUCUCUAUCCGUAUUGAUUGCCAAUAAAAAUAGAAGCUGAAUGAC